GCCGAGGAGGCGCCGCAGCGCAGCAACGAGACGCGACCCGCGCGGCCGCAGCGGCAGCCCGGGCAGCGGCGGGGUGGGACGCGCCGCGGCCGCCAGGGGCAGCCGCCGAUCCCUGUCUACACGGGCAUCUACAAGCUCUGCCAGCAGGCGCGGGCGACGCUGGGCACGGUGGGCCUGCGCGAGUCCGUGCAGCUGCCGCCCGGCGUGGACAGGGGCCAGUGGGUGGCGUCCCAGCUGCUGGGGGUCUACGAGGAGAGCUGCAGCACGUGGUGGCCGCGGUGGACAACAUCUGCGAGUGCCCGGAGAUGGACAUCGGGACCACGAAGGCGGGCGUGAAGGCCGUCUGCAAGUGGAUGGACGGCUCGGGCAGCGCCGGGCAGGAGUGCACCGCCAGGGACUACAUGAGCAAGCUCCUCGCCUACGUCCACGAGCAGCUCUCGAAUCGGGACGUGUUUCCCAUCGACGAGGGCGCCCUUUUCCCAGAGGAGUCCGAGAGGGUUGCCCAGCAGCUGUCCAGGCGCAUGUUCCGCGUCUACGCGCACGCGUACCUGUCGCACUUCGCGAGGGUCCAGGAGGAGAACCUGGAGGCGGAGCUCAACUUCUGCUACAAGCACUUCCUCUACUUCGUGAAGGAGUUCGACCUCGUCGGCGACCGCGAGCUGCUGCCCUUGCACGAGCUGAAUAAGAGGUGGCUUGGCUGCAGCUCCUGGGAUCUUGGAUUCAGCACCGUCUGUGGUCGAAGACCGUCCCAAUCCGGCUUCAUCCCACCUGGUCCCGCUUGA